GAGUGAGUGAGUGAGUGAGUGCGUGCGUGAGUGAGUGCGUGGGGCUCGCGGACCGCCACGGCACUUAAACUCAUCGCUCUGCACGCUGUCGUGGGUUUAUUUUCCAAAGCAGAAGUGUUCGUCGGCGCUGAUGCCAAACUGUUUCUUUAAGCGUCACUUCAAGCAGCCACAAGUUCCAUUAAAGAGCUCAGCCUAACAGUGCAGCUAGUAGUAGCUGAGUUCUGACUGAGCGCACAAAUGUUACAGUAGAGGUGUGUUUAAAAAAAAAAAAAAAAAAAAAGUGUAGCAUCCAUUUGUGCCUUAGUACUAGUUUUCCUAAAGCACGCCACAAGGUUGAAGUCCUGCGUGCUGUAAUUGCAUGUUGAAGUUGACAGUUACAUUCAUCGCUUUCUUGCGCGGACGUACCGCGUUGACGUAAGCCGCGUGUUUUAGUAUUCCGUGGAUCACUACAGGAGGAACGUGCGGUCUGCUCCUACAGUUCACCGCGCGCCAGACACUGUGACGCGCACUGUGACUCCACGCACCCGUCUGCGAGAUUAUCUUGUUUACAAAGAUAACUGAACAAAUACUGGGGGGAAAGACAGCCUCAUGAGUCUGCUCAGUGGAUUUCGGAGACGUUAUGGAUUUGACUAAAAUGGGAACGAUCCACCUGCAGAACCCCUCCCACCCUACUGCUCUCCUGCAGAAGGCCAACCAGAUGCGCCUGGCAGGCACGCUGUGUGAUGUUGUCAUCAUGGUGGACAGCCAGGAGUUCCAUGCACACCGGGCCGUGCUAGCCUGUACCAGCAAGAUGUUUGAGAUCCUGUUCCACCGCAACAGCCAGCAUUACACCUUGGACUUUCUCUCGCCAAAGACCUUCCAGCAGAUCCUGGAGUACGCCUACACUGCCACGCUGCAGGCAAAGGUGGAGGACCUGGACGACCUGCUUUAUGCGGCCGAGAUCCUAGAGAUCGAAUACCUGGAGGAGCAAUGCCUGAAGAUCUUGGAGACAAUCCAGUCUUCAGAUGAAAAUGACACAGAGAUCAAUGCCAAUGAUGGUGGUGGUGAAGAGGAAGAUGAAUGUAAAGCAAGGCAUGGGAAGAGCAUGUUGAUCUCAAAGAAGCAUUCCAUAGAAGAGGGUAGUUAUGUCACAUCUGCCCAGCAUGGCUUGGCCCUGUCUAACAUGGUUGAUCAGAGUCCAUCAGUUUCAACAUCCUUUGGCAUAUCCACGAUGAGCCCCACCAAGGCUGCUGUGGACAGCUUGAUGAGCAUUGGCCAGUCCCUGCUGCAGGGAAACAUACAGUCUAGUGUGGGUGGUGAUCCAUUGACCAAGGGCAACUUCAAUCCUCUGAUGACUGAGAUAAAGACAGAAAUGAUGCAGGUAGAUGAGGGUCAUGAGAGCCCUCAGACAAUGGAGUCAAGCUCUUUGAGCAAUGGAGAGAAGAGUGGGGAGUCAGACCGGAAUCGGGAGGGCCCGGGAACUCCAACCCGAAGUAGCGUGAUCACCAGCGCACGUGAGCUGUACUAUGUCCGAGAGGAGGGUGCAGGUGACCAGCCAGGUGAUGCCAACCAAAUGGGCCUGGGAGGUAUGGCUGGGUUGACAGAGAAGCACCUGAGCUCCUUGUAUUCCGCACCACCCAACCACAAGAGUGAGACAAUGCUCUCAAUGCCUGCCUCAGUUGCAUCCUCCAUCCACAUGCCCCCAGCCUUGGCCAUGUCUAUGGACUUCAGUGCCUACGGGGGGCUGCUGCCACAGAGCUUCAUCCAGAGAGAAUUCUUCAGCAAGCUUGGAGAGCUCUCGGCCGGCAUCAAGACCGAGGGUCAGACCCAGGGUGAACGGUGUAACGUGUGUGGGGCUGAGCUUCCAGACAACAAUGCAGUGGAAGAGCACAGGAAACUGCACAGUGGAUUGAAAACCUACGGAUGUGAGCUGUGCGGGAAGCGCUUCCUGGACAGCCUCCGUCUGCGAAUGCACUUGCUGUCUCACUCUGCUGGAGUGAAAGCCAUUGUUUGUAAUCAGUGUGGCGUCCAGUUUCCGAAAGAAGACGAUCUCGAGGCCCACCGGCAGAUACACACAGGCUCGGACAUGGCCGUGUUCUGCCUGCUGUGUGGCAAGCGCUUCCAGACGCAGUCGGCCCUGCAGCAGCACAUGGAGGUCCACGCAGGCGUGCGCAGCUACAUCUGCAGCGAGUGCAACCGCACUUUUCCCAGCCACACUGCGCUCAAGCGCCACCUCCGCUCACACACGGGCGACCACCCGUUUGAGUGCGAGUUCUGCGGAAGCUGCUUCCGAGACGAGAGCACGUUGAAGGGCCACAAGCGCAUCCACACCGGCGAGAAGCCCUACGAGUGCAACGGCUGCGGGAAGAAGUUCAGCCUCAAGCACCAGCUGGAGACCCACUACCGUGUUCAUACAGGCGAGAAACCCUUCGAGUGCAAGCUGUGCCACCAGCGGUCGCGGGACUACUCGGCUAUGAUCAAGCACCUGCGCACGCACAACGGUGCCUCGCCCUACCAGUGCACCAUCUGCCUGGAGUACUGCCCCAGCCUGUCCGCCAUGCAGAAGCACAUGAAGGGCCACAAGCCCGAAGACAUCCCCCCAGACUGGAGGAUAGAGAAGACCUACCUGUACCUCUGCUACGUCUGAGCAGGCGGCCGUUGGGUGGGGGCAGCGGGAGGGAAUGCAGCUACGGUAGUGGGGGAGGUGGGGAGGGAGGAGCGAACGGGAACGAGAAACACGAGGCCAAGAGGCAGAGGAAUCCACCAGACGGCUACGGAAACGGUUUGAGUGGAAGGUGAGAAGAGAGACCCAUGUUUGAGAUUGGCCUGAGCGGGACUGAAAACACACACGGAGGAGGGGGACAGGACGAGAUAGCUGACCUAUCCUGUAAUCUCACAUAUACGUAACUGUGUGUAUAUUUAUGUCUAAAAAGGAUAUAUGUUUUUUGUUGUUGUUACUGUUGCUGUACACGAGAUGCUGAGGUAGGGGGUGCUAGUCUGCCAGGGGUUUGCAGAGUGUGCAGGUGGUCCCUCUGGCAGCUUCGGCUCCGCUGGCCUUCCAGGGAGGCGCCCCGAACACGAUUGUGUGACUGCUGAUGCUGGGAGUGCACAGGGGGAUGAACCGCAUCGGGAGGGUAUGCUGGCUUUUCCACCAGAGGUCCUCGGAUACCACGCAUCGCAACCCUCUCUCCUACCACCACCUGUUCCCGCCUCGCCCACACUCCAUCCAGCUACACCACCCCCCCCUCCUCGUCCCACCAUACCUGAUCUCACACCCCACUUUGCUUCCGGUGUGUGCGAUCCCUGCAAUGCCCCCCCCCAUGGAGCAGAGGCCUACAUGCGCCCCCCUGCUCUACCUGAUGAUGAUUCACAGAGCACUUAGGCCUUCAGCGCUGCUUUGUUCUCAGAUACUCUUGGAGAUGUAGUGACAGUUGACUUUGGCACCAGGGUUCGGGGCAGAACCUGUGAAGGGUCGGGUUUGAAACAUGACACCAGGUGUAGAUGAGCUUCAAGGUCCUUGCACUCUCUGGGUUGCAUACAGUACGACAGACCACUAGCAAAAGAGAGUCCACCCAGUCAGUUCAGCUCUUUGCAAAAUCACAACCGUUCAUUUACAUUUAUGCUCGAUAAAAGCCGAUCCGAAGAACCGUUCUGCCUGCGGUGGGUAAAUUAGUAUGUUUUUUUUUUUUUUAUUGUUUAUCACAAUAUAUCAUUGAUCAAUGCUUAAUUGCACAGCAUCAGCAUAUUAUGACAAACUUUGUUUGACUUUUCUGCCGCUGUAGGGUAGCCAAAAGCCGGGCUGUACUACUUUAGCCAGUUUUUGCAAUCUAUAUCUCUCUACAUACAGCAUAAGCUGUUGUUUCACAUUUAUCUGUUUCAUUUAUCUGUGUGCAUCCAUGUUCUCAUUUUUAAAUAUGGGUUUUCCAAAGCAGACGUAGAACUGUGAUUGGUCCCAGAAAGGGGAUGUGGCGUCUGCCACACAUAUAUAGGUUUUCACACACUAAUGAUGCUCCCUUCAUGCCAAUACGACAGAGACCAAAAGAACAAGGUUGCCAUACGACGCUUGCUUCUAAACCACACGGCACUCUGCCUUGCAGAGCUUGCAGCCACCGCAUAUCAAAACAGUCGGCGUUAAGGCCAACGUGUGAUCCUCGAAUGACGCAAGGCGAUCGCCUGCCCAGCCCGUGCUGUGAUGUGGAAAGGAGAAAAAAAACUCUCUAUAUAUUUUGUUCCUUUGCUUUGUCCGUUUCUAUUUUAACAUGGUGUGUUUCAGCACAUUGUACUUGAAUUACCUCGUUUUUGUGACCUCAUCUGCUUGUAUUUUUAUUUCCCUCAAUUGACUUUUGUGUGUGCGUGCGUGCGUGUUGGAUCUGUCUGAAAGCUGUGUUGGGAAGGAUGAUCCCUAUUGAGGAAUUAAGGAGUUAAGUGCCGCAGUGAAAAAUGUGCAUUUUUUUUGUGUAUUUUGUGCAUUAUUGUUACCAAAAUUGGUAUUUUUUUUUUUUUUACAAGCCCUGCUUUUGGGGGUUUUGUCAUCGUUAUGAAAGCUACCUCUGAGUUGUUGUUUUCAUUUGCAAAAGCACAUUUGGUUGUAUUUGUGUUUUGCAUUGUGGUGUCAUUGCACCUUCAUCUCAUGCUUAACCUUCAAGUGUUUUUUUUUUUUUUUUUUUUUUUUUAAAUUUUUGUGUUAGCUACAUUUAUAUAAAGGGUAAGAAAAACUAGUGGUCAAUAGGAAAAGAGAAGGAAAUGUAAAAAAUACAGUGUUUUCCUUCAUUGUCCCCCCCUAACCUUGAACUUAAGGGUGGAAAAGAGAUUCUGAAGCCUUAAGAAUGAGGUGUCAGUUGACCUGGGAGAUAUUAGUGAAAUAUAGUACUUUCAAGAGUUUAAAAAGAAAAGUAAAACUUGAAAAAUAUGUGAAUAGAAUUGUAGUUUUGUAAUGUGAAGAAGAAGGUUCAUUAACAGUGAUAUAUGCAGCAAUGCAGGGUGCGUUGGACAAUUUGGACUGCAAGUGGUAAUCAAAGAGAACGAGGAAAGGAAAAAAAACAAAAAGAAAGAUGUGUCAGUUGACAGUUUCUCGAUCCGAGUUUUUCGGAACAAGAGCCAAUAGAGGCUGUUUGAUAUAUAAAGUUGUGAUAUUUUUGUAUUAAGUGUCAGUCCCUCUCCAUUUGUCAAGUUUUCAGCGGGGCAAACAUUUAUAUAUAUUUUUUUUUACAUUGUAAUUUCUGGUUUGACUUAAAUGUCUUGCCCUGCGCCUCUUUUGUAAUGUUGGACAUAAAUGUGUGUGAAAAAAAUGAUGUAGUACUAAGUGUUGCUUUCUGGGUGUCAAUGCAUUGUAGGUGAAGGACUAAAUCUAUCUGCCACUAAUCUGUCUGUUACAAAAUUCUGUCAAGCUAAUUGGAGUGAGGUGCUGCCAGCCAUCAAUUGUAUUACACAACACUUUCAAUCAAAUAUACUGCAAUUUAAUUUUUUACUUGAAAUUAUUAAAAAAAAAAAAAAAAAAGGGAUGGUAAGAUGCAGCUUGGGAAAAAGCUUUUGUCUUAUCUCUUACCAUUGUAUUCUUAUGAACACUGUGAAUUUGAGGGGUUCCCUCUUGCGAUAUUAAUCACAUGCAAAUAACUAUAACUGAAAGAUAGAUAGAGGAGUUAUUUUUUUCAGCCGGUUACAAAUGCAAGUCGGAGGAUAUAGCUGGAUCACACUAAACAUAGACAGCAUGAGGAAUCUCAUCAGUGAUUUUAUUUUUUUAAACGGGUGGUCAUUGAAAAGGCUCACGUCACUUACUAAACAUUUUGUAUCUUUAAUUGUGUUUGCGUGCGUGCGCGCGUGCGUGUGUGUGCCCUGUGUGUUUGUGAGCACGUGUGUCUUUGUGACAAAUGCACUAAUUGGAUACAAAAUUAAACGGCGUUCUAAGCCACUUCUCAAAAUGCAUUAUGGAAAAUUACAUUGGCGUUGAUAUAGUUCUUCCCGCAAUGUUACUCUGAUGUUUCUGUAAUAUCUUUGUGCCUAAAAUGAAAACUGUUCAACAAAUUGUCCAUUUAUAUCUGCUUAGUUUCUGUAUUUUCAAAAGAAAUUUAAUGGUGUCACCAGUCUGAAGAGGGAUGCCGCGAUAGCCACAGUGUUUUUUUGUGUGUGUGUGUGUGUGUGUGUGUGUGUGUGUGUGCAUAUACAUAUAUAUGCGCACACACACAUAGAUAAAAGAAACAGCCGUCUCACUUAAGCAGGGUUUGCCCUUUUUUUCCCCAAAGGAAAAUUUAUUACACUUUUUUUUGGGGGGGAAUAAAAAAAUAGCUUUAACAGUAAGAAUAUUAAUAUUACCUUCCAGUUUACUACUUGAUGACUGCCCGACUUACCCAAAGCGACAUGAAAAACACGAGCGUCACGCUUUGACUCCUAAACAGCAGAAAACGGAUGCAGUAAGGAGACACACGUGCAUAUAAUUGCUGGAGUGUCCUAGUAACGUGUCUGCUGAGAAAUCCGAGAACGAAUGCAAAUAACAUUCCUGACCCGGAAGAGCGUGUUUCGUGACGGUUGCGGAGCCAGUCUGGGGCACCGCGUUACUGGUUUCCGUGCUUCUGCGGUGUGCGUGUGUGUGUGUGAGCAGUGACACGUGUGACACGAGAUGGGACGUGGGGCCCUUUCUGGGCUUCUCGGUACUCGGGGCCGCGGCGGUCGAGCGUUUCGGGAGAGGAAAGUGGUUGUGGAGGCAAUCGUGGCAUCCCUGUCUCUGACUCACUGUGUUCCAGUGUGGUGUUUAGAGCGAGUAGCCAUUUCAUGCAGUGUUGACAUGCAUGUGCCAUUGAGGUCUAGACUAAACUUGUUUGAGUCUCAAAGCACCAAGACAUUCUGUCUUCUUUUUUUAUAUAAGCACUGAGGACCAAUUGCCCUGUCGGACCAAGUAUAACAAAGCUUUCUAUGUGACUUAGCUGUUCCUUUUUCUUUUUCUUUCUUUUCCUUCUCUUUUUUUUUUCUUUUGCCUUCUCUCUGAUUUUCUUUGUUUUCGAUCUCGUUGUGACAGCACAAGUGCCAGUCGGUUUGCUUGUUAUGUUGAGAAAAGUGUUUUUAUCAUUAUUUGAAUUGCUAGAGUUACGUCUACCUCAGCACCUACUCUUAGCUUAAUCUUAGAAGGUGCCCAAA